GUUCAUACUACCCACAAGUCUGUAGUUUUGACCUAUCUAGUCUCAUGGAUCCAUUGGUCAACCAAGGGUGGACCUCAUCAGAGGAAGAGGAGGCAAGGUCACUCAUUGUUGGGCACAACAGCCACACAAUCGUGUAUGAUGACAAGAACAAGAGGCACAACAACAUCGUGGAUGCUCUCCAUGAAUUAUUCCCUUCAAAGACAAGGCAGCAGGUAACAGAUCUUUAUGUCAAUCUCGCCGUGGAAUCGUAUAUGAUGCAUUCGAGGGAGGAGAGACAUGUUGUUGGUGGAAACACACAUAGUGUUGGCCCCAUUAACCUAGUGAACAAUAACUUUGGGGUGUCGGGUCAGGAGAUUGGUGCUAGCAACAUAUGUGGCAUCAAUACCAUGGGUGACCAUGUGAUUGACGGCUAUGCGGUACGAGAGGAGGAGGAAGCAGCAACCAUGAAUGAUAAUGAAUUGAUAUUUGGUCAUGCAUUGGAGGAUACGAGGAUCACGGAGACGAAGGAAGCACCAUUGAUGGUAGACAAGAACAAGAUGCAGAUUUUGGAGAACAAUAUUACUAGUGAUCAACUAGUUGUUCCCCCACGCCAAGGGAGGUUUUGGACCAUCGACGAACACAAGUAA